AACUCACCGCUGCAGACAUGAAGCUGAAGCUCCCGAACCCGGGUCUGGACGAGCGGAUCCCGUCUCACGCCGAGCUGGAGAAGCUGGAGCUGGAGGAGGCUGGAGAUCGUCCACAGUGGGACAACAAAACCCAGUACAUGCUGACCUGUGUGGGCUUCUGUGUGGGGCUGGGGAACGUCUGGAGGUUCCCGUAUCUCUGCCAGAGCCACGGAGGAGGAGCGUUUAUGAUCCCUUUCCUGAUUCUCCUGGUUCUGGAGGGAAUCCCGCUGCUUCAUCUGGAGUUUGCCAUUGGACAGAGACUCAGAAAAGGCAGCGUCGGUGUCUGGAGAUCCAUCAACCCGUAUUUAGUUGGCGUAGGCAUCGCCUCCAUGCUGGUGUCCUUCAUGGUGGGGAUGUACUAUAACACCAUCAUCGCCUGGGUCUUGUGGUACUUCUUCAACUCGUUUCAGGACCCUUUACCCUGGAGUCAGUGUCCCAUCAAUGAAAACCGGACAGGGUUUGUGUCUGAAUGUGAGCGCAGUUCUCCGGUGGAUUAUUUCUGGUACAGAAAGACGCUGAACACGACGCCUGUGAUCGAGGACUCUGGAGGUCUGCAGUGGUGGAUUGUUCUGAGUCUGUUCUGUGCCUGGACUCUGCUGUGGGUUUGCUGUCUGAGGGGCAUCGAGACCACCGGGAAGGCCGUGUAUGUGACCUCCACGCUGCCGUACCUGGUUCUGACCAUCUUCCUGAUCAGAGGACUGACGCUCAAAGGCUCUGUCAGCGGAAUCAAGUUCCUCUUCACACCAGAUCUGGACGAGCUGCUGAACCCAAGCACGUGGCUGGACGCAGGAGCGCAGGUGUUUUACUCCUUCUCUCUGGCGUUUGGAGGACUCAUCUCCUUCUCCAGCUACAACUCAGUCCAUAAUAACUGUGAGCAGGACGCGGUCAUCAUCUCCGUAAUAAACGGCCUGACGUCUAUAUACGCAGCCAUCGUGAUUUACUCCAUCAUCGGCUUCAGAGCCACAGAGAGGUUCGACGACUGUCUCAACGGUAACAUCCUGACGCUGAUGAACGUGUUUGAUCUUCCGGAGGGAAACAUCACGGAGAGCAACUACGACAGCGUUCUUCAGCAUCUCAACAGCACAGCACCAGCCGUCUUUCAGGAGCUCCAGCUGAAGACCUGCGACAUGCAGACGUUUCUCAGUCAGGGAGUUGAGGGAACCGGUCUGGCCUUCAUCGUCUUCACCGAGGCCAUUACCAAGAUGCCCAUCUCUCCUCUGUGGUCAGUGCUGUUCUUCAUCAUGCUCUUCUGUCUGGGAUUAUCCACUAUGUUCGGCAGUGUCGAAGGAGUCGUUGUGCCUCUGCAGGACCUGAACAUCCUCCCGAAGCGCUGGCCAAAGGAGGUCUACACAGGUCUGGUGUGUUUCGUCUCGUUCGGUCUGGCCAUAAUCUUCGCUCAGGGUUCAGGUGAAUAUUGGCUGGCUCUGUUCGACAGCUUCGCCGGAUCCAUUCCUUUGCUGAUCAUCGCCUUCUGCGAAAUGAUUGCUGUAGCCUACAUUUAUGGGAUUGACAGAUUCAACGAUGAUAUCAAAUUCAUGAUCGGUCACAAGCCCAACUUCUUCUGGCAGGCCACGUGGAGACUCGUCAGUCCGCUCAUAGUGCUGCUCAUCUUUCUCUUCUAUUUCGUCACCACCAUCAGUAAAGAGCUGACCUACAUCGCCUGGGACCCGCAGUCGGAGAAUUUCCCCACGCUGGAGACGAAGUCGUAUCCGGACUGGAUCUAUGCGAUCAUCUUCAUUCUGUCGGGUGUUCCAGCGCUGGUCAUCCCUGCGGUCGCUCUCUACAAACUCAUCAGAAACCGCUGCUGUGCUAAAGAAGAGAAACACACAUCAGCAGAGACGCUCUACUCCAUAUCUGACAAAAUAAAGAUCCCUGACGAGCUCGACAGUGCAAGCAGAUCGCUUCACUAACACACGGGAUCCAGUCUGACCUGCAACAUCAGGGAGCAAUCUAUGAACAGAGAACUGACGUUUACAGAUGUGAUUUGCACUGACAGCUCUUCAUACUCUUCUGUUGUUUUUAUGUAUUUAUGCGAAGCAGUUCAUAUGCAUUAAUGAAGCUGCCCAAGAUAAACAAAUAAUUAAACAUUAACAAGUCGA